ACGCGCACGCCACCUCAUCGCGACUCACUAGACUAGCAUCUCCGCGCGCUCUCUCUCUCUGAGUCUCGCCAUGGCAAUGGCUUACAGGCUCGUCGUCGCCGUCGUCUUCACCACGCUGCUCCUGCUCCGCGCGCGCCCCUCCACCGCCGACGCCACCAACCCGGCCGACUGCCCCUACCCGUGCUUCCCGCCUCCCACGGCGUCCGUCACCACCAACUGGCCGCCGCCACCGUCGUCCUCCUCGUACUCGUACCCGCCGCCCCCGUUGUCCUCCUCCAACACGCCGCCGUCGUCGUACUGGAACUACCCGCCGCCGCCAGGGGGCUACAUUCCAUACUACCAGCCUCCCAGCUCCGGCGGAGGCGGUGGAGGCGGGGGGUUCGGCUACCCGGCGCCGCCGCCGCCGAACCCCAUCCUGCCGUGGUACCCCUGGUACUACAGGUCGCCGCCGUCGUCAUCGGCCACGUCGGUGAGGAGGUGCUCUGUUCUUGGCACGGUGGCCACCGUAGCUGCUGGUUUCCUGAUCAUGUUUUAGUUAGGCACUUGCUUUUCCAUUUUUCUUCUUCUCAGUUUUUUCUUUGUGAAUUUAUUCUGCAGAAUUAAGGAAUAUAUAAUGUGACAUGCAUCAUUACUAUUGUACUAUAGUAUCAGCUACAUAUUGAUAAUCUAUAGUUAUUUUUUGCUUGAG